GCAGGACUCCAGCUGAGAUCUUCUACCAUGAAGCUCUUCUCCUGCCUCAUGGCUCUGCUCCUCUUCCUCCUCCAGGCUGUUCCAGGUCUCGGCUUGCCCAGAGACACCUCCCGUUGUGUUGGCUACCAUGGGUACUGCAUCCGUUCCAAAGUCUGCCCCAAACCAUUUGCUGCAUUUGGAACAUGCUCUUGGCGUCAGAAAACCUGCUGCGUAGACACUACAUCAGACUUCCAUACUUGUCAAGACAAGGGGGGCCAUUGCGUAUCUCCAAAAAUCAGAUGUCUGGAAGAACAGCUGGGACUUUGCCCUCUAAAAAGAUGGACGUGCUGCAAAGAAAUAUAAUGAAGACCUUGCAGAAUUGCAGAAAGCCACAGAAGUGCACAGACAAGAAAACAAACAAGCUUUCUUGCUAGGGUUGUAGAGAAGCUGCCCGACUUUCUCAACAUACGAAGUCUGCAAUUCGUUAGAGGCGACGUGCUUUUUUAAUCCACACAACAAAGGCAAUAAACAUUAAAUAAACAGUGCAACAGUCCCAUAUAUACACAGAGAGAGGCAGAAGGUCUCUGUCUCACACACGCACACGUAGAAAUGCACAGAAACACAGCUGUUAAACCCUUGGAAACCACAUCCCCUCCCACUCCAAACUUCUCCUCCCUCUUCUUUCUGUCCCAUCGUGUGGUCUGUCCUGGUUGGAGAUCUCCAGUCGAUGUCUUCCUUCAAGACACACUCUUUGCUCUCAGUGCUCACUCUCUAAGCCAAACCUUGGGAAACAGUGACUGUGUCCCCCUCUUCCUGAAUCCCAGCACCUCUCAGAAGGUCACCUAUGUCUGCAGCGCAAAGAGCCAACGUGUUUGCAGUUGUCACAGCCUUGUGUGCAGAGCUGUGAGGGCAGAUGAAAGCUUGAUCUUCUUUAUGUUAUUUAUUUACGUUCUGUUACGUCGUUCAUUCAUCUUUGUGCAGAGAGCUGCGGUUCAGGAAAUUCCGUGAGAUCAUCCCAUCUUAGUUCCAAAGCAAAGCCUCUGUGCUUAGUGCUGCAUCAGGGAAAAUGAGGCUGCCUGUGAAGACGGCAUCUUUUCCUUCCAUUAAAAAAAUGGGUGUGGUAGGAGAGAGCUGUGAUCUCUUUGAGUGUUGCCCAUUUUCUGCUUCAUACAGACGCAGCCUGUGGGUUUCUUCGGCUGGAGGGAAUAUCCCAAGUCCAUUCCAUACUGUUCAUAUGGUUCGUCUUUCCUGACUGGCUGAGAGCCGAAGCAUUUUCCAGUUUAAUGUCAGCCCUUGAUUUAUUUGUCUUUGCAUCAGUGUUUGAAUAAAUUGUUUUAAAAUUCA